AUGGAGGGGACCAUAGUGAUCACCGGCGCAACCGGCUCGCUCGCGCUCCAAGCCAUACAGCAAAUUAUCUCAAUGUACCCUUCGAUAAGCAUCAUUGCGACCGCCAGAGACCCAAAAGCAUCACCAAAGAGCCCUUACUUGCUCCAGCUCGAGGAAACCCGAUCGCAUCAUGGUGCCAGCAAGUUUUUGAUCGAGUAUCUCGAUCUGAGCUCGAUCCCAGAAGUCCGCGCAUUCACGAGCAAAAUUGUUGGCCUGGUCGAUUCUCAAGAACUUCCUCCGAUAAAAGCUAUAUUUUGCAACGCAUUCACAUGGUCUUUGGAUGGUCUUCGAUUCUCGAGUGAUCGCAUGGAGUCUACGUUUCAAGUCAAUCAUCUGGCGCACUUUUUGUUGGUCCUAAGACUUUUGCAGAGCAUGGAUCACGAGCUAGGUCGUAUAGUCAUGUUCAGCUCUGAGGUUCACGACCCCGAAAAUAUCAAUCCUUUGUCCAAGCUGGGGGCAAAGCUUCCCACCAACGAGAAUCUUGAUCAAUUGAUCAAGCCGGGACCCGACAGGAUUGGAUCUGAGCAUGACAUGGGCUGGCGGAGAUAUGCCAACAGCAAACUCGCCAAUGUGAUGUUCAUGCAGAGCUUAAACAAGCGACUCCAGAAGAGCCCAAAGCUGAGCAAGAUCACGGUGACCGCCGUGGACCCAGGUGGUCUUGUCGAAUCCCGCGCACAUGAGGCUCAGCGCACAAUCAACCGAAUACUUUUCUGGCUUUUUGCAAUGAUGUUGCCCAUCGUCAAUGUUUUCACGAACAAGCUUCGAUCCAACGCCAAUUCAGCCAGGGAUGUCGUCGCGCUGGGUCUGGGUCCCGAGUUUGCGUCCAGGCGAGGUCACUUUAACGGAAGAAGAGCCCAACCACCUGCCCGGAUCAGUGAAGACGACGAAAGAUGUGAGGCGCUUUGGAAGGCUUGUUGGAAGUGGGUUGAUAUGAAGCAGAGUGAUACUUGUGUUUCCGCAUGA